AUGGAGUCUUGGAUUAUUAGUCUAGUGCUAGCAACAGCUUUAGUAACGGCGUCGACGAUGGUGGCUGCUGGAGAAGACAAGGCAAAAGACAAGGAAGAAUGUACGGAGCAGCUGGUGGGUAUGGCCACGUGUCUUCCUUACGUACAAGGACAGGCAAAGUCUCCGACGCCGGAUUGUUGCUCCGGCCUCAAACAAGUUCUCAACACCAACAAGAAGUGUCUUUGUGUGAUCAUCCAAGACAGGAAUGAUCCUGAUUUGGGUCUCCAGAUCAAUGUCUCUCUCGCUCUCGCUCUUCCUUCUGUUUGUCACGCCACUGCUGACGUCACUAAGUGCCCUGCUUUGCUUCACUUGGACCCAAAGUCUCCAGAAGCCCAAGUGUUCUACCAGCUAACCAACGGUUCAAACAAAACUGGCCUAGCCUCUGCUCCCACUGGCUCGGCCGCUGGGCCCACCAUCAUAUCUCCGACCGCAGGAUCCGGUGAUGGUAACAAUAGUGGUCGGACUAGCUCUUUGCCAGGCAAAAGUCACGCUCAUAGCUACUCUAAACAAUGGCAACGGCUCGAAGUUGUUGCCCAUUUCUUCAUAAUUAUGUAUAUUUUUGUACUCGUAUAA